UUCCCGUGUUAGUGCGCUGCCAUUGGUGCCUCCAGGAUUCAUGUGGAGCCUCCGAGCGGUGAUAGGCUGCUGCCCGCAGGAGGAAAGCUGCAAUGGGGCCGCGAAAAAGGUCACACAGAGAUCUGCACGAACUUGGAGAUUUGGUGGUUAAACAUGCGAGGAUUGAAGAAUCUGGUGAGAUCACAUGCUGGACUGGUGUGAAUGAGCGCACCUUCAUCGCUGUUAAACCAGAUGGCGUGCAGCGGAGACUGGUGGGCGAAAUCGUCCGCCGAUUUGAGAGGAGAGGGUUCAAGCUGGUGGGCCUCAAACUUGUGCAGGCAUCUGAGAGUCUACUCAAGGAUCACUACUGGGACCUGAGGACUAAGCCUUUCUUCAGGGAUCUGAUCAGCUACAUGAGCUCUGGACCAGUCGUAGCAAUGGUGUGGGAGGGGUUGGACGUGGUCAAGACAGCACGUAUGAUGUUGGGAGAGACGAACCCUGCAGACUCUCUGCCUGGAACCAUCCGAGGAGACUACUGUGUAGAAGUGGGCAGGAAUGUGAUCCACGGCAGCGACUCGGUGGAGAGCGCCCAGAAGGAAAUCUCACUGUGGUUUCGCCAGAACGAGCUUCACUGCUGGGAGGACAACAGCAGCCACUGGAUCUACAACUGAAGGUCUGCGUCGAUGCACCACACAAUCCUGUGUUCUUUUAUUUGUGUCAUUACAAGACAAAUGACGUCAUACCUCUGAUGAAUAUUUUUUGGCUUUAGUAGCUUGUAGCCACGCAGUAGAGGAAGUUUCAUUGCUGUCUUGCUGCUGCUGUUUUCAUAAAAUGCUUUUUUUUUUUUUAACUGAGGUGAAUUGUCUUUACCAAGCAGUCAUGCACUAAGUGAGCAAUAACUUGAUCAUUAAACUGACAGUUCUUUCAUUGAAGUUUUCAUUUAGCGCAGAACACUAGUUCAUGUUUACACUUUUAAAGCAAUAAGCUUGGAAUGUGGAGCAAUAAAAGGUCACGACUCAUAUUUUUAAUCAGGUUGAAUAGCUUCAUUUAAGUCUACACUAAAGAAUUUUUAUUUAAGAGUACAGGAGACGUGUGUAAAAAGUAUGUAAAGUUACACCAAAUGUUAUAUACAUUGUUUACCAGCUCAUCUUGUGGAUGCAGUUCUCACGGAAUUUUGCACAUCACACUAAUAUCCUGUUUUUUGUCACUUGCAAAACUCGCAGUUUGCAGUUUUCAUCAUGAAAAAUCAGCAAAAUUAUGCAUGUUCCUCCUAUAACAGUCCUUGCAAUGAAAACCCAAUCAUUAACCAACAGCACUAACACAAUUAUUGCCUUGUUUACACAGUAAUGAUAUUCAGUUUCCUGUACUGCAAAUUCUGUAUUGGUUUAAAAACAAUCACUUGGGACUACUUGAAUGUAAAGAGUAGACGUUUUGAAAUAUGAUGCUACUAAAGCUUAAGAUGCACAUUGCUCUGAUUAUGAUGUUGUAACAUAAUUUCAGACUCAAAUCAAAGAGAAACUGCGCUGAAAUGUCCUCUUUUGUUCGACAAAAGUGUCACUUUUCCAGUUGCUGCUUUUGUCACAUUCAGGCUUUUCUAAAAUACCAUGAUGCUGUAUUGAAAUUGUCAAAAUUGUCAAGAACAAUAAACUAUAAACUGUUUAAACAGG